AUGAAAAACAGAUGUUCACCAGAGGCAUUACUAUCUAUAAUCCUUGGGAUGAGCAAAGAACAAAAAGAAUCUGUAAGAUCUAUGGGUUUUGGAGCUUUGUUAAAAAUGAAAAUCACAGAUAUACCACUGAAGCUGGGAUUUUAUGUUCUUCAAAAAUUUGAUUCUGAGAGAAUGGUGAUAGAUAUUGAAGGAAAGGAACUGAAAGUAACAGAAGAGUCUGUUCAUGACAUGUUGGGUAUACCAAUUGGUGGAACCAAACUUACACAACUGGAUCAAUGGCCUAAGGAUGAUACAAGUUAUGAUGAAUGGAAGCAACAAUUUAAAAAAGAUUCAAUCAUCCGACUGAGUGCAAUCAAAAAUGUUAUUGUUUCUACCACACAAGCUGAUUUCAAUUUCAAAUUGAACUUCUUAGUUCUUUUUGUCAACACGUUUUGCGAGUCAACAUCAAUGGGAAGAUGCAACCUGUUUCCCUUGAGUUAUAUUUCAAGAAAAACAGAUAUCAGCAACAUAGACUGGUGCAGCUAUGUUUUGGACUGUCUUUUGUUCGAUGCUGAUAACAUCCACUCAGAAGCUUUAACAGUAACACGUAAACGUCCAACAAUUUGUUAUUGGAGUUCAGAGAAGAUUAGAUAUCGAGAGAAAUUUGAACAAGAAAAAGGUAGAUUUGGACUUGGAGAAUUAAACGAAGAAUUUGUUAAUGAACAAGAUGAAGGAGAUACAGAUCUCGAAGACAGUGAUUCUGAUAAAGAUGAAGAUCAUUCUGUUGAGGCAUAUGAAUCAAAAAUAUCUAAAAUGCUUAAUAGUUUCGAGAGGAUGAAGGAAAAGUUGAAUUCAAAGCUCAAUGAUGCGAUAACAAAGUUCCCUGAAAAGGAAAGUUUUAGGAUUUUCGAAGAAAAGAUGACAAAUAUAAUUGGUGAAGAAAAAACAGAAGGCACAACUAUUUUUGAAUUUCCAAGUAAUCAAACUGGAUUUGAAGGAAUCAAUUUGACACCAAUAAUCUGUCAAAAAACAAAUUAUCAAAAAGAAAAUGAAGAUAAAGAGGGAAAUGGUGAAGAAGACAGUGAUAAUGAUGGAAGUCAACCAGAAGAAGAUUAUUUGCUUGAUUCAAAUGAAGCAGAGAAUGAAAGAAUAAAGAAUGAUGGAGAUAAUAAUCAAAAAGAAGGUGAAACUGAAGUAAAAGAGAAAGAUGGAAAGAACAAUCAAAAUGACAAUGAUGAAGAGAAAAAAGCUGAUGAUAAUGAAGAAACAAAUAAUCAUGAAGAGACUAUUGAACAAACUGAAAAUGAAAAUUUGUUGGAUAAAGUUGUUGACAACAUUGUGGACAAUGUCCUUGGAAUUGGAAUUUCAAGUUUAAAUAGUCAAGAAGAUGAAAUCUGGAAUCACCCUGAAAUGAAAACUAUUUUCGAUAAUAUUGAUAUAGGGUCACCAAUGAGUACAGGUAAAACUAAUAAUCUUGCAGAAAAGGAAAAAUCAGAAGGUGUACAUGAACAAGGAACAAAAGUUGAAAAAACAAAGGGAGAUGAUACAGGUAAAUGA